AUGGUGAACAAGACAGGACGUUGUGGACUAAGAUCGGGAAAUACCAUCAGAAAAAGCAUCUGUAAAUACUUCUGCGCCAAUGAUAGUUACAUUGAGUUUAACACGUACAACAGAAAAUAUGAUUAUGGCCUAGAUUGUCUGGAAGAUGAAUUACUUGAACUAGGUGAUGGUUUACAAGAAAAUCCAGAAUUGGACCAACAUGGCGGGGGCUUAAACUCCUCAUCCACCGUCAAGGAAGGUGUUCUGUUUUCUUUGAAAAAAAGAAAAAGGUCGUUAUUUUCAGAUUCUAUUGAUUUUUGGAGAGGGGAGGAAUUUCGGGUGGUCGUGGCUGAGAGGAGGACGAUUUUGACAUAUAAUGAGACUUUGUUAAGCCCUCAUUGGGAUGACUAUGUUAAGUAUUUGGAUAGCAGAGCCCUACUCCCCAUUGUUCUCCCCUUUAAAAAGACGUCACAUUUCUCAGAGCUUCGAAGAAAGAGCACUGGACGAGGAGAGGAUGGAACUGUACAGGACAGAAAAAGAUGGAUGCAUAAUCAGAAAAGCCGACCAGGGCUCCAACGAAAGACCGAAUUAUUACGCCAGAAACCAAAAGUCAAUAAUAUACCACCAUACAAAACAAAUGAGUUGAUAGCUGGUUUGGAUAGUGAUAUUCCGGAAGUUAGGUAUACCAUUUGCCAGCCAACAUUUUCUUCACGUUUCCGACCACAACGGCUAAGAGAAUGGAUGUUUCUAAGAUCUCGAGAUCUUUUACGAUGUACAAACGCAAGAAGACAAAAUCUAUCGAAGAAAGCAAUGACAAAACAGAAAGGAUGUGUUAAUGGUAGGAAAACCAAGCGCUGGCAGAAAUGGAAUCCCAAAGACACAGAAGAAUGCUUACUGAUUGAGUAUGAUAGAGUUACCUCUCCUACAAAUGUUGGUAGAGUUUUUUCCCUUGCAGAGAGGACUGUACUCAACAAUGAAACGCCGGAUGAUUCUUACAUCCAGGGACUUUCUUUUCUUAAUAGUGGGAGGCAAACAGUCACUUUAGAAAAGAAAUCAACUUUAGAUGUGAGCAUAGAGGACCUACUGAGACAAUAUCAUGAAAAAUAUCAUAAAGGGCACAAAACAAAACAUUUUAAGAAAAAAAUUGAACCAUUCACAACCAAGAAAAAAGUUGAGCUAGCUACUGUGGAUCAAACCAAACACAUUGUGUACCCAGAUGUAAAAACUGAAAAUGCAAACAAUGAGACCAAAGAAAAUACGUCAUUCAGUAAUGAUAAUAUAGAAUCUCAAACAUUUAUAGCUUGUGUGAUCAAAAAAUCCGAAUUUGACGAAUUUCUAAAAAGUCGAUUUGUGCAACACUCUGAGAGCUGCUUUCCGCCAAUUAUUUCCAUUCCAUUAGUACAUAAUAUCAACGGAAAUGCCAAACAUUUCACACCAGAAAGUUCUCUGCGACCAUCUCUGCUGUUACAGGAAUCUACAAAGUCGGUCGUCUUCGACACAGUACAACGUACAGGCAUCUACAGAUUGAAAAUAAAUGCCGAUAGUGAUAUUCUAUGGAAUGUAAUGAUGGAGAACAUAAGAGCCUACGUUUCUGGAUGUGGUUCCUCGCCGUCCUCUCUCUGGGAAAUCUACAAUCUCUCAAAGAGACUAGUCAAAGAAGAAAAUUACACUACAGACGAAAAACCUGUGUACGUAACAAAAGUAAGCAAGCCCUUAUUUGAUUGGAUGACCACAGUAACUUACAGGGUAUCAACCAUUGAUCAUGUCUACAAAUCACGCUUAAAUCAACUUGAACUCAAGACUCCACAUCUGCCCUUUCAGUUGACAAAGGCAAUCGCUCUUACCACCUUCACCUGUUCUGUAUGUUUAACUUCUGCAGAAAAUAGUUAUCAAGAUGAUGGGCUUCUUUUGUUACCAUGCCAACAUAUAUUUUGCAGAAAUUGUGUAUUUCAGUACACUGUAGACAAAAUAGAGCAAGGAGCAACGGAGGUGACGUGUCUGGAAAAUGAGUGCAAUAGUAUUAUUGACGAAGUAAUGAUUUUGUACUUGGUUCCAUGUCCAUUAUACCGUUCUUGGAGCAAAAGACAUAUGGAAAGAACGGUUAUGUCACGUGAGAUAUGGAAGUGGUGCCCCAAUCUCAAAUGUGGCAAGAUCGUUUCCGUUUCAGACAAAAUUGCAAAGUUUGCGGGGACUGAGCGUCUGAAAUCCCUGUCUGAGCGAAGGGAAGUGACGUGUGUGUGUAAAGCAGAAUUCUGCGUUGAUUGUCAGCAACCCCCUCACUGGCCAGCUACUUGCCGUCAAGCAAGGACCUACCACAAAAUAUCAGACCACGUCAUAGGUAUCCUCAAUGAUGUAGCUAUUGGUGGCGACAGAAGUUUCCUAGUCGAGGUUAAGACGUGUCCUCGUUGUCAAGAGAAAAUUAACAAAAAUGGAGGCUGUCAGGUGAUGACGUGUAGGUGCGGGAACACAUUCUGUUGGUUGUGCUUAAGACCAAUGGUUGACCACAAGAAAAAAGACAUGUGCAGGAAUGGUUCAAACGAGUUAGUGGAAUUUUCAAGCAGAAUCAAUUACAAACUACCUACAAAUUACAUGGAGAAGGCAAUAUCUUGCCGACUUAUGCAAAGAAGACUUAUUAAAUGGAAAAAGACAAAUUUUGGACGUCUUCAGCACAAAAUGGAUGUGUCGGAUUUUGAAAAGGUCGCAGAAAAACACCCAGGAAAACAACAAGACAAAGCCGGAGCAAAGGUGGCUGAGUUCCGACAUCUGAAUUUGUUUAUCAAGACUCUAAAUCUUCUGGAGAACAUUUUCGUCUCACUACCACCCAUAUCUAACAGCUUCCAGAGCCGACGACUGACAAAGUGUGAAGAAAUUGUAAAUCGUGUCGACUUCAUUUCAAAACGUCUGGAAGAGAUGCUUCUGGGAUCAGUCAAACAGAAGGAUUGCCAAAAACUUAAGACGUAUCAGAAUCUACUCUCAGACAAACUUUGUGAUCUUUGUCUACUCUCGAUUUGGAUCAGGAAGGAAUUACGAGCUACGGAUCAAUGGAGAGACUGGGCAGAAGACUCUAAUUUGUCCUUGUUGACGCGGGCUUCUCAUGAAGUUCGACGUUCAAUUGCCAAAAAAGACAGCUCCACAUAAAACUUUAUACAUUAUACUACAGUAAAGUACGCUUAUAGCAAAGUGCCAAAUAAGCUAACUCUUUCUAUUUAAAAUCUGUUAAGUUCAUAAUACGUCUUAAACUACAAGGAAUAAAAACAUCUCUUCUUUAUAAGCACAUGUUUGUUAAAAGCAUGUUCGCUCUAACUGUGUUUUAAUGUAUACAGUUGCUUGAUGAGAGGUCUGCAAUGACUAACUGAAUAAUUUCAAGAGUAAUAUAUAAGUAUAUUUGUUUUGAAAGGGCAUUAUGAGGAGGACCUGAAUUAUGGGGAGGACCUUAAUCUAGUCAAAACCAAUAUGCCUCAAUGAGAGCUCCAGCAUAUUUAAAUUCAACAAAUUAUGACUUUAUUAAUAGGUAUUUUACAUGCAAAACACAGUUCCUACAAGGGGCACAAUCUGCUGCUUUUUAUAAUUACAUUUAAAAUAUGAUUACUUGUCAAUAUGAAUAUUUGUUCUGGAUACCAAUAGGGCUGCUGGAUAAAAUCAAAGGUUAGCAUUUAAAAUCUCUGAAAUUUUCUGUUAAUACAUGUAGUUCAUGUCUGAACAAUGAACAUUUUCUUAUC